AGGCGAGGAGAGCGUGUGCGCGGUGGAUGGAGUUGCGACUGCGAGCAUGAGUAGGACGCGGGUCGUCGUGUGUCGCUGCAGAGGGCCGAGAGAGCGUGUCUCCUGCGGAACACAGCUGCGUGCACGGACCGUCAAGAUGUAAGCCGUCAGGGCAGAGAACGCGUGUGUGACGGUGUACGCCGCUGGCCCAGGCCGAGAGACCGCGCGUUACGAGGAAGAAAACGAAGAAGAAAAAGAAGUGGAGAAAGAGAGACAGAGAGAGACAGAGACGUCAAACGAGCCGAUCCGGGAGGAUGGAGUAGAGCGGGAACCAGGGGAUCGAUUGCUUCCCGAUUGUUGGCAUGGAGGACACGACACUGGGCAUCAUCGAGGGCUGAGCUAUCGCUAAAAUAUGGCGUCGGGCAUACCGAGCGUUCAUCAGAGGAAGCUUGGACCAGCGCCGAUAGCGUCCUUCGAAGACCUGUCCGACGAGGUGGAAAACGGGGAACCGGCUACGCGAAUGCCAGGCAUCGUCGAGGUCACCACGCCGGCAACGCCUGGUAGCUCGUUAAAGACACCGAGCACGCCGAGAAUUGAUAUCAGCAGGGCGAGUAGUUCCUCGCAUCAUGAGGACAGUAACUCCAGGGAUUCGUCGCCGGAGAGGGAACUCCUCGCAGGCGGAGAACCUCCACCUGGAUGCAAGCUGACCCUGGGCUAUAAAGAGGACGCCCAAGACCUGAGGUCGUCGACGGAGGAGCUCGAUCUGCAGGAUCCCGUUCACGAGCAGGACCUUAGAAGAGAAUCAAAGAAAUUAGCCAAGAGAAAAAAAGAAGACGGUUCCUUGUCAGACUACAGCGGGAAACAGCUGGACAGAGAACGGAAAGACAGCAACUGCUCGGAGAUCGUCCUGUUGAACAUCAGCGGCCGAACGUCUAGAUUGUCCUCCGUCGGGAGCCAGGGUUCCGGAGCCUCUGGCAAGCUCUCCGUCGUCUCGGCUACGUCCUCCAGAUCACCGAGUCCGCACAAAUGCCUUCUCGAAACGUCGUUUUGCGGGAGCAAGCCGAUGCUAGCGGACAACCUGAUCGAACCGUCGAAACCGGAGACGGACGAUCUGGAGAAGAUCCUGUUGAAACGAGAAGCGGACACCACGAAGGCGUUGAUUCCGGAGAGUAUAAAGGUUUCGAUGGUCGACGGGAACUUCAAACCGGACCCGCUGGACAAGCCCAGGAGAAGAGGUCGCGAGGAGAGGAAAGAAAUCUUCAAGAGGGAGGUGGAGAUCACGAAGAGAUUCUUGGAGAAGGUCAACAUCGAGUUGCCGGUGGUGAAGAAGCCGGCGGAGACGCAGAGCGCGACGACGUUGUCGGAACAGUCGGCGACGGGUCAGUCGCAGGAGGUGCAGAAGCCGGCGACUUUGGACUUCAACGACAAGAGGAAAAAAACGCAGAACUUCAAAGAGAUCGUGCAAACAACACCGACGACGAGCAGCGCGACUGGUAGCCCCAAGCUACCGAGGCACCAGAAGGUCCGCGACCUGGAGGGCUCCCGCACGCCGAGCCCCUCAUCCGUUUCCAGGAAGAGCAGCUUCGCGUCCCUCUUCAAGGCCCGCACAGACGGCAGUGUGUUGAGCCCAGAGUCACCAUCGCCCAGCACGAAACCGCGACGUAGCCUCACAUCGAAGAUCAGGGACACCACCGAGAGCCUGCGCAGCAGGUCCAAGUCCCGCGAGCGGGUGGUAGUACCCGCGGACAAGGGGUCCGGCAGCUUGAAGAAGGACUCGAAGAACAAGGGCGUGUUCUCGUCGACGUUGAGCCUGUUCAAGAAACGCGAGAGGAAGAAGAGUUACGACGAGGCGAUCGCGGCCUCCUGCGGUACCGAGCUCGACGGCCACCCGUCCCUCGAGAGCAUUGGCCACGUGGAGUUCCGUUUCAACGCCGAGAAGGAGAGCCGUAAGGAGGAUUCGAUCUUCAUAAGCCUCCACGCGGAUGAUAGGAACUACGAGGAGGCUUUGCCCUCGGAGAGCGUGUCGAUUCCUCUCGAAACGCCCACCAAGCUGCUGGACGAGUAUGAGUCGGAACCGCUGACUGGGAGCAUCGUCACGGAGGUAUCCAUCGAGCAUUAUCCACCGCCGUCGAGGAUAAAGACCGAAGCGUUGAUCGAGACGACGUCGAGGCCUUCUUACUCGCGGGAUAGCCAGAUACCGCAGAGCAUCUCGAAGGACUCGGAGAUCUCGAGGAGCUCUUCGAAAGAUUCGAAGCUGAGCGGUCAAACGAGACCUAUCGUGGAAUUCAGAUCGUCGACGGAAGUGAAGACUCCCGCGGAGCAUCGGGUGUCCAGUAGCUCGUCGAAGGAUUCGAUCGGGAAGAAGGAAGCCACGAAGCCGAAGAGGAGAAGCAAGGAGAAGGCCGUGGAGCAAACCGUCGAGCCGCCCGAGAGGAUAGAGCAUGACGCGCCGCGGCAGAAGCAGAUCAGGGAGCGCGUGCAAGUCGAAGAGUGCAAGAAGGUGGAACCGAUGGACGAGGGGCUCAAGCCGCAGGACGUACUUCAGAAAACGCCGAGCGUGAUCUCCGAUUUGGAUCACAACAGUUCGGAGUCGGAGAGGGACUCGGAGAUCGAUUUUGUCAGGAACAAAGUCGAGAAGCUCGUCGAGGAAUUGCCGGAUGAGAGGAAAGGACUGUUCUACGAGGAGAGCUUCGAGGAGGACCUACCUUACGUACCGACCACCCUACCCCUGGAGAAGAGCGUCGCUAUGCCGAUCUUACCAGUGAAGCAACGACUUCAGGAAGUUAGAACGAUACCUAUCGAGAGACCACGAUCGACGACGCCGAUAAACCCGACGCUGCUGGACGAGUUCGUGAUGCACACGUCUCUCGACGAGCGCCGCGUGGAGAAGAUGAAGAUAUCUCUGCCGCGCGAGGAGAGCUUCAAGCUGAAGAGCCCGCGUAAGCACGGGACGAACACGUUCAUGGAGUUCGCGGGCAAGGUGCCCGACGGGGGUCGAAAAGCCGCGGGGAAGUCGCCGAGUCCACCCCCACUGCCACCGAGAGCCACCGCCAGGCCGAGCAACUGGAUCAACUUCGAGGAGAUACCAGAGAAGAGGAAAGCGCCGAAGAGAAUCCAGACGAUACCGCGACCCGACGACGAGGUCAAAUCCGGCGGGUACAGUUACGUGCAACCGGAGGAGUGCAGGUGCGAAUGUCACGAGGAAUCGCGGCGCGCGUCGAUGAAGGAGGCUGCAGCGACGAGAACGUCGUCGUCGUGCAGCAGCAACGGUGAACGGCCUUGCAACGGUGACAACUGUACGGUGCCGGCGUCUACGUCCAUGGACCGUGCCAGUAUCGUCAGUGACAGCUCGUUGGAGUGUAACCUGAGCGCUGGCGACGAGAACAACGCGCAGACGAGCUUGUCGACGAAGCCGUUCAGCAUGGACCUGGACGUUAGAUCGAAUCGGUCCAGUAUCGUGUCACAGGACGAGACUGACGAGACCUUGCACCAAUAAUAGUGUUUUUCCACGGCACGAUACGUCACCCUCCCGCCUUGCCUUACCACUCUUCUUGCUCCUGUUCGACCAGAAGACGGACGUUCUAUCCCCGUUGGAGUCGGUACUCCUCUUCUCUGGCUGCCCUCUGCGUCGUCUACCUGGAUAACGAACAGGGAUCUAAACGAUUUCGAAACGUUUCAAAUUGAUACUUCUUCGGUUUCCGAUAACUGUUUCAAUAAUCGGAACUGACGUCGAAAUUGUCGUCAACCUCUGGUUCUCUGUCAGAAUUUCCCGAAGAAAGAGAUUUCUACUGUAAGUAAUUUUUAUUUCCUUUUAUACACUCACGUCGUCUGUUACUGAUGAUUGACAGAAAUUCACGGUUUCUCAUACAAUUACGUAGCCGCGCUACGUGCAAUCGUUCUCCCAAUUUGAUUUCACUCGAUACGCGCGAGAGGUGUUCGUUGUCCAGCUCUCAGGCGUCGUAUUUUAUUCACGAAUCGUAUUCUGUACACCGUUCCGAGCCUCCUCGAAUUUUCUCCUCGUCGAGUACGCAGCUCGGUUCUUCUCCUUGUUUCUCGGAGGCAUUGAACAUCGAACGUGUACGGCUGUUCCACUCGAAUCGUUCAAUCCUUGUAUAUAUCUUAAAGAAUCGUUUUCGUUUUUAGACUAAGCUCUCGUACCUACUUUCCACGCGGACCUCGUUCGUUCCCUCGACGUUGACAGACUCGCGUGUUUACCUUUUUGAGAAACAGGUAGACCGCGGAGGCACGCUUGCACGCGCGUUGACCAAAUGCUUCCUUAAUUAUGAUAGUGAGAUAAAAGGGUUAGCGAACCGAUUGCCGGGUGUCCGGAGCUCGCCUCGGGGUCGAAAUUAAGAGUCUAACGUCGGAAAGUAAGCUAAUAAUAUAGCAAAAGUUACGGCGAAUAUUUAUUAGAUGGAUCGCCUUGAAAGUAUCAGGCCUCGAGGAACCGGAAGUGACGCGCGGCCUCAAAUAUCAUUCGCCCACUUCAUGACGGCCCAACUCCUCGACAAAGUCGAAGAGACACAGGGAAAUCGGGUCACGAAGGGAGUUUGUUACUCUCGAUGCUUCAUAUCACGUAGAUAGGCCUGGCCAAGGUCUGUAAGUACACACCCCCGCGGGGGUUAGGACGCGUUAAAAAGAAAGUUUGUCAAGCGGGCAAUUUACGUAUUAUCGCGCCGGCUCUCGCGAUCUUUCAGAACUCAUAAUUAGACCACGGAUUCUUUGCGUUUACAGUAAAAUCGAGUACAUAAAGAACAUAGAAAAUGCAUAUAGCGAUACAAACUGCAGAAGAUUAAAGAAAGCUCUUCACGAAAUGUUAUUUCUUUAAUUGACACAACAUUCAUCUUGCACAGGAAUCCGCGGCGUGUUUAUAACGAUGUGUAAAACUUUUUAAAAGAGUCAGACAAGACGGUCGUUCACGCAUUUCAUCGUCGAUUUGGGAUAAUCGCGAAACGAUACAUUCGGCUUAAUUAAUUUGAGAUUUUUAUCAAAGCUCUCCCAAUCCAUCACGUAUAAAUGACGUAUGCGUGUUUUCCGUGAACGUGUUGCAUGGCGCAUAUCAUACUCAUAUCCGCGAGGCCGGCGUCAUUUCAGCGAGCUCCGAACUCCGAUUAGAACGACGGGUACAAACGAGAGACAUCUCUCUCGAUUCCGUUGGACGUUCAGUAGCGAGGGUAUCGAUGUUAGCGAGCUUUAAUCAUGUCAGAAUCAAACGACCACGAGCGACAGAAUCGAUCUGAUUGCGUUUUCAUUGUACUUGGAGUGCUUCGGUUGCUUCGCCGGGACGGAAGGAUCAUCCCUCUUUUCGAGUUUAAACAGAUUGUUUCGCAACGUAUCGGACGGUGUUAUUUCCGAUCGAAGCUUCCUAAGAUGAACUUAUUUACAUGAUCCUUCAACGAACGCAUAAGUCAUUCAAUAAGAAAAGAGACUGAGUUUCGUGACGUCACCGACGGUUUUAAUGAGAAAUGCAUUUUAGGGAGAGAUUCUGUUAUCUGUGGGUCGAAUCGAAGAGUACAAGACGAUAGAAAUAAUUAUAGAUGUUCUUCGAUCCUUAAACCGAUAGGAAAUUCGAUGAAGUCGUUGACGAUGUAUCGUCGACCGCGAGUAGCAAUUCCCCGUGAGAUAAUUAACGUAACGAUUCUAUGAAAGCUCGGUCGCUCUUUGUUUGCAUUUUUAAUCGACGAUUCACUAAACUAAUUAGCUGUCUCGUACGGACAGGCGUGGAUGUUAGAGUAAUUUCGGUGAGCCCUGAGGAAUUGUGAGAUCUGUUGGGUGAGCCGUUCGAGCUUUUUUCGCCGUAUGGAAUAUUUGACACUCACAGAAUAAACGCCGCUGGCUCGUGGCCAGCUUAUAACAUAA